AUGGACUCUAUCAAAGGGAAUUCGAUGCUGAGAUGGUGGGAACAAUUAUUAGAAAGAUGGAAAGAACAUUACAACAUAUGGGAAAAACCCAUACGAGGGUGGUUUAAGAUCAACUUUGAUGGAGGUUUGAACAACCGGAGCAAGUCGAGUGGAGCGGGUAUCAUUAUAAGGGAUGAAUUUGGGAUUUUUCGAGCAGCCAGAGUAAUUCAGAGCAAUUCAUUAUGGGAAUUUGAUGAGUCCAGUGGUGAUAGAAGCUUUGGCAGCAAGGGAUGCAUAUGGCCUUUUAUUUGCAAGGGAACUGGGUUUAAGAUAUAUCCAACUACAAGGAAGAAAGUAACACAAGUUGGGGUGAUCAUUGCCGAUGUGAACAAAUUAAGGGAUUCGUUUGAUGGAUCAAAAGUGAGUUUUGUUAGGAGAGUUCGUAAUUUGGUGGCGCAUUUAGUGGCCAAGAAUGCUGUGAGAGGGAAUGGGAUUCGUACUUGGGAAUAUUAUCUACCCCCUUGGCUUUACUCCUCUCUUUAUGAGGAUAAGGGCCCAAACUGA